AGGGACUCGCGCCCUCCAGGACUCAGCCAGCCGCGGGGGCGCCUUCCCCGCACGCCUCUGCCGCCUGUAGGACGCGGGCGGGAGCGCCCCGGGCUGGGUUCGCGGUUUCGCACUCCUGCCGCCGGCGCCCCGCGGUCCCGCCCUAGCAGGCUCCCUCCCGCGCCCCUCCCCGCCCGCUCCCUCCGCGCUCUCGCUGCCCAGCCACAUCUUCCUCUGCCUUCCACCCCGAGGGACCAUGUCGAGGCUCAGCUGGGGAUACCGGGAGCACAAUGGUCCUAUUCACUGGAAGGAAUUUUUCCCUAUUGCUGAUGGUGAUCAGCAAUCUCCGAUUGAGAUUAAAACCCAAGAAGUGAAAUAUGACUCUUCCCUCCGACCACUUAGUAUCAAGUAUGACCCAAGCUCAGCUAAAAUCAUCAGCAACAGCGGCCAUUCCUUCAAUGUUGACUUUGAUGACACAGAGGACAAAUCAGUUCUGCGUGGUGGUCCUCUCGCUGGAAGCUACAGGUUACGGCAGUUUCACCUUCACUGGGGGUCUGCUGAUGACCACGGCUCCGAGCACAUAGUAGAUGGAGUGAGCUAUGCUGCAGAGCUCCAUGUUGUUCACUGGAAUUCAGACAAAUACCCCAGCUUUGUUGAGGCAGCUCAUGAACCAGAUGGACUGGCUGUCUUGGGAGUGUUUUUACAGAUUGGUGAACCUAAUUCCCAACUGCAAAAGAUUACUGACAUUUUGGAUUCCAUUAAAGAAAAGGGUAAACAAACUCGAUUCACAAAUUUUGACCCAUUAUCUCUGCUUCCACCGUCCUGGGACUACUGGACAUAUCCUGGUUCUCUUACAGUUCCACCUCUUCUUGAGAGUGUCAUAUGGAUUGUUUUAAAGCAACCGAUAAACGUCAGCUCUCAACAGCUGGCCAAAUUCCGCAGUCUCCUGUGCACAGCCGAGGGUGAAGCAGCAGCUUUUCUGGUGAGCAAUCACCGCCCACCGCAACCUCUGAAGGGCCGCAAAGUGAGAGCCUCUUUCCGUUAAAAAUUGUCACCAAUGAACUCCCCCAAACAUGACUGUGGAGAGACAAUGAAACAAACCAAAACACAACACAGAAGUCUCUGCCAACAACUCCUUUGUAGAAUUCUAAUUUAUAGGAACCAUUUUACUAUGAGCUUCAGUGUCACAAAGAACACCAGAUCUCUCUCUCUCUCUUUUUGUAAUUUUUUUAGUGAUAGGGUCUCACUCUGUCACCCAGGCUGGAGUGCAGUGGUACCAUCUUGGCUAAUUGUAGCUACCAACUCCUGGACUCAAGUGAUCCUCCCACCUCAGCCUCCAGAGUACGUAGGACCCAGCAUGCCUGGCUAAUUUUUUUUUUUUUUUUUUUUUUUUUAGAAAUGGGGUCUUGCUAUGUUGCCCAGGCUGGUCUCCAGCUCCUGGCCUCAAGUGAGCCUCCUGCCUUGGCCUCUCAAAGUGCUAGGAUUUCAGGCCUGGGCCAUCAAGCCCAGCUGGCUUAGAUCUCUUUACUAACUUACUGUUUCAUAUUUGCACUCAUGGAUAUUCACAGUAAGCAUUGUUUGACGUAUAUUAAAAGCCAUGAAAUAUGUCUACUUCAACCUGCAUGAAAAUAUGGUUAACAUUGCAAACUUCAGAAUGUAUUAAAAAUUUUACCUGGCCAUAGAGACUGAAUUAGUCACAGCUCUCAGUGAUGUUAGGUGGAAACUUACAUCUGAAAUGAUAGGAUUGUGAUACUUUUUUUUGAAACAAGUGAUUCUGCUUAAUAUUUUGUUGUUAUUCCAAUUCAUAAAAAGUAGAUUAUGUUUUCCUAUAAGGAUAAUUUUUGCAGUGAUUAUGUUGCUAACUCUCAUUGCAUGAUACCUUUAAUAAAAUGCACAAUAUAAGAGUUAAGGGCAAUGGGAUAAAGCUACUUAAUGUGUCUCCUCCACUGAUCAAAAAUAUUCCUUAUGGUCUUGGUGAGGAAUUCCUCAGGGUAUAAAUGGCUAUUUACACUGUAAUGAAUUAUACCAUAUAUAAUAUUCACUCAGUAAUGUUAAUAAUGAACUGGCUAAUAGCUGACAAAAUGCAAUGCCUGCCAGUUUAUGACAUUAACAUGGUUUGAAACUAACAUAUAACAUAGUACCAGUGCAGUCACAGCUGCCCUCAGGCAUGAUGAACACAUUGCCCAUUUUUGCCUGGUGUUUUGGCAGCAAAGCAGAACGCAAUCUUGUGUGGGUCAUUAUUCUGUCAAUUUGUGGAAAAAAUUACUUCAGUCUCCUAUAAAUAUAUAAUGGGUCCGUAAGCCCUUCAACCCAUUUCCAUGGCAAAACUCACUUUUCCUUUUAUGCGUGUCCCUCCGUCUCUUAAUUUUGUCAGGUGGAGCUUGAUCUUAAUUUUAACCUAUUAUCCUUUUUUUUGUUUGUUUUUGGUGGGGGAUAAGAGUAGUGUUUCUUUUGCUCUUUCUGGUACAAACGGAGGGACACUAAGCAUUAAUUUAAUAACCACAUUUAAGACUUGAACACAUGCUAUACUUUUGUCAUCCUCUAACAUAAGUUUACCUGAGUUCCCUUGAUUUUGAUGAUUUGUUUCUUAUAUCUCUCUUCCUCUGGAUGUAGCUUUUUUUUUUUUUUUUGACUGAGUCUUACUCUGUCACUGAGGCUGAAGUAUAAUGGCAUGAUCUCGGCUCACUGCAACCUCCACCUCCCGGGUUCAAAUGAUUCUCCUGCCUCAGCCUCUUUAGUGGCUGGGAUGACAGGCACAUGCCACCACACCCGGCUAAUUUUUGUGUUUUUAGUAGAGAUGGGGGUUUGCAGUGUUGGCCAGGUUGGUCUCAAACUCCUGACCUCAAGUGAUCUGCCUGCCUCAGCCUCUCAAAUUGCUGGAAUUACAGGCAUAAGCCACCAUGCCUGGCUUGAAUGUAGAUUUUAAUAAUUGACCUUAUCCUGCAAUGUUGAUAGAGUAACUGAAUAUCAGUAAAUUGUGUAACAGUGAUGGAUACUGUUGCAUAAGGUGAGCUCCCUAAGAGUGAAGCUAAUACUUUGGUCAAUGUUCUUUCCCCCUUGGUGUCUAGUCUAAGGCUUUUAGAAGAUUGAUCUGUAGCGAUUAUUUAAUGAAUCAAAUAUUUAAAAAAAAUUUAUUUGCUGUCUUUGGUAAUUAUCUCUCUGGUUGAAAUCAAAUGUACUGUAAGUUAAUAUAACAAGUAAAAUACAUUCUCUUUUGAAAAUAGUUUCUUUUUAAAGGGAUACUAAUUAAUUGUAACUUGUAAAACUAAAAGUUCUAAUGGUUUCUAAAAGCCAGUGUUGAGUGGAAAAGUGUUUCUUUAGUUUGGAAAGACCUGUGAAGUGUCCCAGUCAGAGAAAGAACCUGUUUUCUCGAAGAAUGUAAGUUACUAUAUCUGGAGGGGCAUGUAGGACAGGGGUUCUAAUUACUGUCUGUGAGAGUUACUACUUUGUAACUUAUAGUUUCUGCUGCAACUAUAUGUUGGUUCUGUAUUAUAAAUUGCACCUUAAUAGACCAAAAAUAUCUAUACAGCACUGAUUUCCUUGAAUAUUGUGUGUUAACUGAUAUAUCUCCUAGAGGCAAAAGGUUUAAAUGUGUGUUAAAAUGGUUAUAUUGCUUCCUUUUUAAACAAAUUAAAAAGUUGUAAAUACUAGUGUAGAUCUCUUUUGUUUACCACAGCAAAUAUUGAUUUUAUGAUUGUUAAGCAUUUCAUAUUUUACUUUAAAUUGGAUUCAACCACAAUAAAGAAAAUGAGACAAGCUUU